CUGAGAGAACCUAAACCUCACUCACACCCACUGCAUGCCUACACUGCAUGAGCUUCAUCACAACUAUUUAGGAUGGAAACCUUAAUGUCGUUAAAAAUGAGAAACGGCUAUAGGGUCAUGGCUUUGGCUUCGGUCAUCGGUCUGGUCUUUUUCCAAGGAGUGACUUGCGACACUGCACUUGAGCCCCAUACCAUGAGGUCAAAAUCUGCUCCCAGCCUUCAGGCUGCACAUGUUCGUGGAGAUAAUCUUCAUCCUACACAAGCAGAAAGUAAGUCUCAUGACCAGGUUCAAGUUUUACCCACUAUCCAAGACCAGACCACAGUGCAAAGCGCAACAGGCCCUGAGGUUAAACAGGAUGGGACCACCCAGAGCCGCAUAUCUACUACAGUGGCAGGGCCUGCAGCCCAGCAGGACACCCAAGCUCCUCAGCACAUCACCACCAACCAGCCUGAUGCCACACCUAGCAUUAAACAUAUGGAUCAGGUGGUGUGUGUGGAAGAGGCUGCAGUGAGAGGAAAAGAGGCAGUGAGACUGAAGCUGAAAGCCUCCUCCAGCUGUGAGGAGAACAAAGCAAAGAUUCAGAGUAUUCUAGAACAUCUUUGUCAUGAUGACAGCAAGCUUGAGAUCUACCAGCGAGACCACACUGACGAGAUGAUCAUAUCGGGACAGUGCAUUAAAGAUGAUGCCAAAGGAAUGACUAAAAAGUUCAACAAUGAUAAUAUCAAAGAUAAGGUUGGAGUUGUGGAGGCUGUGCCCAUUUUGGUGAAGCACUCUCGGACUGUCCUGAUCACUGUCCUGCUUGCCGGUCUGCUACUGGCCGCUCUGCUCAUUGUUGCAUACAUCCUGAAAACCCACCGCACACAGGCUAAAGGAGUGCGCCUGGCUGAAGAGUCAUUCCAGGUGGAUGAACAGAACCAGGGGAACACUCUACUAUCUGUAGCCCCACUCCCACCUCAAGAACCCCUAGACAAGCCCACCAGUAACGGAGAGUCUCCAGAGUUACCACCUACCAACGGCCACUCCGCUACCCAGACACCAGUGGCUGAUACCCAGAUGUAAAAUCUGGGUCCAUCAGCCUAGAAUCUGAUACUGAAUGUGAAGAAUUGUGGUUAUCAGUCACCUCAACUUCAACUAAAUGAUGAUUGUGAAGAAGAUACGAGUAAAGAAGAUCCCAGUGAUCAUGAUGGCAAUACAGAGAGUGUAAACUAAACAGUGGAAGAUAACAAUGAUAACGAAGACUCAACAUAUACUGUGAAGACAUGACAAUGGUUACACCAGCCUUUGCUUGAGCCAAAGAAGAAUGGCUCAGCUUGAAAAACUGCCAAUGUUAGCACAGCUGAAAUGUUUUAAAACUCAGAUCUACUGGGUAAAUGUCCAACUUCAUAAUAUUCCCACUUUUUAAAAAAAGACAUUUCUCAUUACUGCAUUUGUACCUUGAUUAGCCCUCCUGAACUGAAUGCCAAUGCUAUUAUUCUGUCAAUACUCAUAUCAUGUAGGUAAUGCUAGCAAAUGGGUCGGUGCCGGACGGUCAGCCAGGCUGUCACAUUUAUUGAUAAAGAAAGCAGCCCUACAGUUGUUCUAUCAUGCAGGUCAAACUAAUCAAAUUGUAUUUUGGACUAUGAGUAUACUACUCAUACUACUAACUAGUAUGAGUUAUAAAAACAUAUUUUGAAAAGCAUGUUGAAGGAAUUAGUUGUAGACUUUAGGAUUUAAGUAAAGUUUGAACAUAGAAUGGAAUUAUGGAAAGACCAACCAACACUUUCACAAAUAGUCCUCUUCUUUUAGCUCCACUGGCAUCACACUGUAAUGAAGAAAUGGAACAACAGCAUUUUUGGAAGACGUCCAGGCACUUAAGUUUUCAGCUCCUCACUAUGAGCUUUUGCCAACUGGCAUAUGUGAGAUAUAGAGGAGAAAGGGAUCAGCCAACUCACUGUUAAUUUUGAUGCUAACAACCCAUUUGCAUAUGCUGGAUCUUUCUCUUAUCUGUUAGCAUUAGAGGGAUAUUUAUAGUUGUAGAAGCUUAAGCUUACAUAAGCUGAAUUUCAGACUGUAAUUUUAUAGUGUUUUUACUUGCUUUAAGAGUGCUCUGCUUCCAGACUAAAGGAGUGCUUUGUGUUAAACCAAACAGGGCUAUUGUGAAAGGUAAACAGCAAACGAUUGAGCUAGGUAAUUAUCGUCUUUUUUACAUAAUCUAUUUUUGUAUUUACGUCUUUAUAUUGCUUAUGUGUAAUUGUUUUGGAUGUUGCAUUGUUCAUAAUCUAAACCUCAGUCAUGUGUUAAGCAAUUGGAGGUUUUACAACAGGAUUCUUGUGAUACUGUAUGUGUGCAUUCUUCUAUCAUUAGUAUAUCAGCUCUGUAUAAAGCAGGCCUGUAGAACCCCAUUCACGAGGUGUUUUAUUAUUUCAGUCUGUAUCAUGGGAUCAGGAUUCUGGGUAAGAGCUAUGAGUCAAAGCUGAGAUGUGAAGAUGUCAGAAGGUUAGCAGUUCUCAGUGAGAAAGAUCAGUGAAUAGGUCAACUGUCAGUUUGCUUCAAGAGGCCCUUGUUGAUGGAGCUCUGAACUAGUAAUUUGGUGUGUCAUAGCAACUGAGCUAUCCAUGUUUUGUAGCUACUUUUGCAAAGUUCACAACAAAUCCUAUUCAACCUAAUGGGAAAUGGUAGCACAUAACUUGUAUAUUAAGGGUAUGUAAUUCAUUUCAAAUUAUCGUUAUUUUAUACAAUUUAGACAUUUUUUAAAUAUUAUUUCUCAUCAUUUUAAUGGUACCAAUCUACUGUUUUUCUUGAAACUGAGAAAAAAAAGCACGGUGGCCAAUUCAUCACUGUUGUUUCCAAUCUGUUUUGUUGUUUUUUUAGGUGCAUUCUUGAAAAAUGUUCUUUUUUUUUUAAAGACAACAGAUAUACACUGUUAAUGGUUCCACAAAAGGUUCUUUACAUGAUGCCAUGGAAGAGUCAUUUACGGUUCCUGAAACAACAAUUUUUUAAUUACAUUUGUGAGAAUGAACAAGCUUAAUAAAAGGUUUAAAGAACUUUAAAAACAUUCUUCAUAUUCACACAUCUCAUUUACAAAAGAGAUUCUUUGGGAAUUCAAAAUGGUUCUUCCAUGGCGUCAAUCAAACAACCCUUUGUAGCACCUUUUAUAGAGCGUGUAUAGAACUGUGAACACUCAAACAGCAUACGUGAACUCAUCAGUGGUUUAAAACGUUCUCUGUUGUAUUUCUUAAAAAACGGUUCUAUACAGCAUCAAACUGUUAUAGAACUUUUUUGGUACUACACAGAUCCUUUCUUGCUAAGAGUAUACACUGUGAAAAUGUUUAGUCAGGUAAUUUUGUAACCAGCAGUUUAACUAGUUUUCAGUCAAAUAAAGUCAAAUCAGUACAAAAGCAACAUUUUUCACUAGUCAAAAUCACAUGAACAGCAGGGGUGGUGCCACAACUUUAAAAGUGGUAGGGCAGAAUUUAUUGUUUCCAGAAAAAAGAAAAUGCAGUUAUGCCACUGACUAAAACUACCUUUAUUGUCAUGCUAAAAAGAUGUCUUUAAAAACCUUAUGAACAGCAUCACUGUUUGUUUUGACCCUGCACUUCACUGAGUUCACACUCUGCUAUCAUCUCUAAAGACCAUCAGGCCGUUUUUAAACUCAGUCCAUUUUCUAAAGUCUGCACCAAUUUUGCAGGGAGGCAAGUGCUCUGCUACUCUCACAUUUGCCACCAUAAAAAUAUAAACAUAUUGACGGUUAUCGCCUAUGUGUAUUAUGAUCAGCUGGAGUAAUAGACCUUACUUGACAUCAGCCUCUUUUCUGAUUGCUUCACCAACUUGAAUGCAACCAAUCAUGUCACUGAUGCUUGGAUAAAAAUAUGCCCUGCAAUUCAUGUGCCAGAGUCACACGGGUCGUCGCCCCAAUACUUUAAAAAGUGGUGAGUCAAAUGCCUGCUCACCUUCCCCACAGGUCCCAGCAGCCCUGACUGUAAAUGAAUGGCUCCUACAGUAAAGACCAGCUGAGAAAAACUGGAAACAUUAUCAAACCAUUUAACAACUAUGUGUUGCAUUUUCUGAUAUGAUCUAAAUGGGAUCUUUGGGUUCUGUGAAGCUUGUCCAAUCUGGCACAUUUUUGGGCAGAGCGUGUAUGGGCCAUCUAUACCACUGAUGCCACUAACGUUAUUUCCCAGACACGAAGACAGAAGAACUGAUUAAGAGAAUACAGCAGUGUCAUUUAACUCAAAGUGAAAAAGUACUUGCAUUUGCUUGGCUGAAGUGAAGCAAUCUGAAUAGGCCUCUUGAAGACGCUCUGCUCUGUAGACAGUCUAACUCCUUUGUGUACUAUAUUAUGUGUCUGUAUUGGGUUUGCUUUGCAGUGUUUUUUUUUAAUGUUUUAAUCAUUUACAUCAGAGCUUCCAAUUCUUUCAUUUAUGGAAUAAAACUAAAAACAUUUUCA